AUCAAUCGGAAGUACAGCUGUAUGUAUGUAUGGUGAUACAACUAUUUUUUUGAUAAAUGAUAUCAAAGUGAUAAAGACGAGUCAGGACAACAUCAAAUUCUAAAUAUCUUGACAUCUGCCCUUGACCUUCUAAAAUGGGUUUAAGUUGUGGAGGAACUCUGGGGAAAAUUUUCCUGAUCGUCAUCAACAUCUUAUUUUUUCUGCUCGGUCUUGGGUUACUGAUAGUAGGAGCUUUAAUGAAAACCAAUGUAAAGAUCAUUAAGGAUGAGGUGAAGCCGGCCCUGAACACAAUCACUGUCAGCUCCUACAAACUCGGGAACCUGACAGACAACCUCUCUAUACUCCUCAUCAUCAUCGGCGUCUUCAUCUUCUUGGUCGCUGGUCUGGGUCUUUUCGGUGCUUGUUGUCAGAACAGAUGCAUGUUGGUCACAUAUGCAGUUUUGGUUCUGAUAUUGUUCAUCAUGAAAAUUGUCGCCAUUGCGCUUUGGUUCUCAAUGAAGUCAGAGGUUGAAGGCACAGUUAAAGAAGGAAUGCUGACGUCAAUUAAAACGGACUAUGUGGACCACCGUCUUAAUAGUACCAAUGAGAUAUCAAAUUCAUGGAAUUACAUGUUUAUGACGUUGGACUGCUGUGGUGUAAAUGCUGUCACCGGACCGGACGAAGCUAAGAACGAUCUUAGGAAGUCCCCGUGGUGCACUACCUCUGGAGCUUGCGCAUCCACUCAGUUCUAUGUCCCUCCCGCUUGCUGUCAAGGUGUGGACUCCAGUAACUACCUGUCAGCGCCCUCUGCCUGCAAGGAUGGUACUAGCGGCAUCAACUCUAAGGGAUGUUACGAGGCAGUGAAAGACGAGAUCGAAUCUCACUCUAAUCAAGUUAUUGGGGUUGGAGUCACAAUCCUAGUUAUUGAGCUUCUUGCUGUUAUAUUUUCUUUCAUAAUUUGUAAACAAAGUGCUGACGAGAAGGUGGUUUAGAGAUGUCUGUUGAUUCUGGCCUUUUGUUAUCCAACAGCCUGUCAUCCAUUGAGCGGAAUAAAAUUAUAAUGAAGCCAAGGAACGUGGCGACCAAAAAAUCAACUUGAAUCUUUAUCAUAUACAAUCAAAAUUUAAAUAUUCUACAUGGGAUUUUACUAUUUUUCAAUCCAUCCAAUGUUUACCACUACAUGGAUGUCACUCAUUGGAUAUUUUUUGACUCACUGCUGUGACAUCACACUAGGUUUUGCGUGAGAGUGAAGUAAAAUAAAACGAAAUUCAUAUAAAGGUGUGUAAAUCACUGAUAGCUAUGUACAAAACACAGAAUAAAAAGAAUCUCCAGUGAUUUGUGGUUGGAUAUGAUUUUUACCAAACUCGUUUGAUUUUGUCCCUUUGACUAAGCUCAGGGAUUAAAAAAAAACCCAAAUCACUGGAGAUCCUAUAUUGAUUGAUUUAUUCAUUUAAUAUUGUAUGAUAUUUAAUCUACACCACUCUUUUUAAAGUCACUCGUUUGAAAGACAAGUUUUUAAAAUAUGCAUUUAUUUUCUAUCCUCAGUCACUGACAAUUAUAUCUCACUUUUAUCAUAUUAAUCGAGUAAUUGCUUUUUUAUAUGUACGCUUGUUGUCAGCAGUAAAAGUGAAUAAUCACCGAUUAAGUUGCUGAAGAAAUACUCUUGGACAUCAUUAUGAAGGCUAAAUUGAUUCGAUUACUGUGUAUUUCGUGUAUGUAUUUUCAUAAUGUUUCAUAUUGUUUUGCUAAUGUUGUGUCUAGACAUUCAUUAUCUUCUUUUUACAUUAAAUUUUUUACAAUGUU